AUGGAAGAGGGUCGUAAGCUGUAUGGGAAUCUCGGGGUAGCUGAUCUCCCCCCCAUAACAGCAGGCAUCCUUCGUGCUAAUUGUCAAAUGGGCACUCAGUACAAAGUGGAGAAGACUGGCAGAAGUUCAUACCAUGUGAGCCGUGACACUGGAGCCAAGGAGGAGCGUGUGGUGGUAUUGGAGGUUGCAAAGCCAGAGGAGGCGCAGUGCACGUGUAAUUACCAGAGGUGUUACACUUCAAACGCUUUGAAGGAGCUCUACAGCACGGAGAUUCGCACUCUUGACCGCACUGAGCUCGUGCCAGAUCAGACAACUGAGGCACCAAUAUACCCAAAAAAGUCGGGGAGGCCACGCAACAACCGGUUGAGGUCCCACGGUGAGAUUGAUGGGAGGAAGCUGCGUAGAUGUGGGAAGUGUGGGGAGAAAGGGCACAAUCGAAAGACUUGUGAUUUGCGCAAACAAAGGAGAGACGUGUGGGAGGCACUUCACACUCCGGAAGGGCACAUGAGUGUGCAAACAGCUACGCAAGCAGAGGCUGAGGUGAAUGUGGUGCUGUGUGGUGCAUGCAAUGUAAGGCACCACAGGGAUGUACUGUGCGAGCCUAGGAGGCAACCUCGUGAACAUGAGCAACCACAAACUGGGGUGGGGGUGGUGGACGGUAGCGCGACUCACGCGGGGGAUGGUGGUGAGAAUGAAGGUGUUGAGGUAUCGGACGAGGAGGAGGACGGGAGUUCGGAGUCGGAGGGGGAGGGAGAAGAGCAGCCGGUAGAUGCGGGUGCUGGUGUCCAACAGGCUGUCCCAACAGUACUCCGUGAAGUUUUUGGCGAGGCAUUUAACGGGCUCAACACCUCAGGAACCAACAGAAACUUGCGCCCGGGGGGUGUGGGGUUAUCAAAUCCAACAGCGGCUGAGAGUGGGGGAUGCGGGGAGAGCGGAAGAGUAUCCGAGAGUGGAGGAUUGGGGGAGUGGGAAGGAGGAUACGCGAGCGGGGCAGAGAGGGGAGGAGCAUCAGCGGGUGGGGAAUGGAGGAGAGGAGCAGCCGAGAGUGGGGCGGGGAGGGCAGGAGCAGAGAGUGGGGCGGGGAGGGCAGGAGCAGAGAGUGGGGCAUGGAGGGCAGGAGCAGAGAGUGGGGCAUGGAGGGCAGGAGCAGAGAGUGGGGCAUGGAGGGCAGGAGCAGCCGAGAUCGGGACAGGGAGGGGAGCAGCCGAGAUCGGGACAGGGAGGGGAGCAGCCGAGAUCGGGACAGGGGGAGGAGCAGCCGGGAGCGGGGCAGGGAGGGGAGGAGCAGCAGGGAGCGGGGCAGGGAGGGGAGGAGUACCAGGGAGCGGGGGGGGAAGGGGAGGAGUAGCAGGGAGCGGGGGGGGAAGGGGAGGAGUAGCAGGGAGCGGGGCAGGGAGGGGAGGAGUAGCAGGGAGCGGGGCAGGGAGGGAAGGAGCAGCAGGGAGCGGGGCAGGGAGGGGAGGAGUACCAGGGAGCGGGGGGGAGAGGGAAGUAGCAGUGAGCGGGGCGAGGAGGGCAGGAGCAACAGGGAGCAGGGCGGGGAGGGGAGGAGCAUCAGGGAGUGGGGCAGGGAGGGGAGUCGAGAGUGCGGCAGGGAGGGGAGCUGCAGGGAGCGGGUCGGGGAGGGAAGGUGCUGUAGGGAGCGGUGGAGUGGCGGACUGA